CAGCCGGGCCGGCGGCCGCGCCCGGGACACUGGUACCGGCUGAGCCCGCGCGGGGAGCGGCCCCGCGGCCGCGUGGGACUCGGCUGCCUCCUCCUGCCCGGCCGCGUCCUGCUGCUGGGCGGCGCCGACCCCGCCGGGGCCUUCGCGGACGCGCAUUUCGUGGAGCUGGCCCCGCUCCGCUGGGUCCCCGCCGGCUGGCGCGGGCUCAGGCCGCGCUACGAGCACGCCACGUUCCUGCCCGCCACCGGCCCCCCGCGCCUGUGGGUGUUCGGCGGUGCCCACCCCGCCGGGAACCGCAGCUGCGUUCAGGUGCUGGACCCCGAAAUAGGAACGUGGGAGAGCCCUGCGGUGCGGGGGGUGCAGCCACAAGCUCGCACAUUCCACACGUCCUCGGCGGCCAUCGGGRCCCGGCUGUUCGUGUUCGGCGGGGGCGACAAAGGAGCGGAGCCGGUGAAAGAUCAGCGGCUGCACGUGUUCGACACAGCCACCCUGACCUGGUCCCAGCCCGACACUUUCGGUGAUCCCCCUUCUCCUCGGCACGGACACGUGGUGGUGGCAGUUGGGACCAAACUCUUCAUCCAUGGGGGUUUAGCUGGAGAUGUUUUUUACAAUGACCUGUUCUGCAUUGAUACAAAUGACAUGAGAUGGGUGAAGAUCCUGGCCACUGGGGAUGUCCCUGGAGGACGGGCAUCCCAUUCCUCGGCCGUGUUCAAGGACCACUUGUACAUUUUUGGUGGAAUGGGUCCAGAAGGGACACUGGACACGAUGUACAAGUAUCACACAGGAAGGCAGCACUGGACCCUCCUGCAGUUUGAGUCCCCUGUGCCCAGCGGGAGGCUGGACCAUGCCAUGUGUGUCAUUCCCUGGCGGGCUGGGCCAGAUGGGGACACAGGAGCCACCCCAGCUGGGACAGAGGCACCCCUGGCAGCAGGGGACAGAGCUGAGGGCUGUGCUGAGGACACCUCUGUCCAUCUGCUGUUGGUGUUUGGGGGAAUGGACACGCAAGGGCAGAUCCACAGGGACUGCCUGGUCACCCUCAUUGAGUAGUGUCCCCACAGCCCCAGCCUCAUCCCACGGGGUUGAUUCUGUCCCUUAAACACAUCCUGAACCUUGGCCAGCUGGCAGGUGCUGCUACCCCAAGGGACAGGGGCUGUGCCUGAACAGGGUCCUGCUGCAGCCCCAGCCCACGGAACAGGGCAAGAGCMGAGUUGUUUAAAAGCACUGCUGGAGCUGGCACCUCACAGGUUCAUUCUGGACUCAAAUAAGCCAUGGGUUGGAUAAGGAUCAGUUAAAUAAAGAGACCAAGCUUCAAUCAGGCUUCUUUUUUUUUAAUAAGAACCUUAAUUAGGCAUAAACUACUUUCCAGCCUUGAAAAACGGGUCUGUUUCAUAUGACACUUUAUUAAAGCUCUGAAGUUUUAAUACUGCAGCAAAACAUAAUUAAGCAAACCUCAUCCCUC